GCAUGCACUGCCGACAGUCGCUCGACGGACAACGACUCAGUAGGUUGCUAAUAGGUUGCACGCACAAGUGCGUAACAACAACCUGUGACUAAUUUUAAAAGUUUCUCUUAAAUUACUAGUAAGCGACACAGUGCGAGUAAUUCAAAGAAAUUAAUUCAAAACGAAUAAACCAUAGAAACCAUUAAAAAGAUACAAAUAUCUAACAAACCAGUGUCCCUCAUGUGUGUGCAUGAACAAAUUCUUCAGUGAAUCCUCAAAACAAAUCCCAUAAUGGAUCCGUGGACAGUGGCUUUAACGUUGGGCGUGGUUGUAGUUACAUGGUACUACAUUAAAAGGAACUACAGUUUCUUCAGUGAUCGGGGAAUCCCGUACCUGCCACCACUUCCAUUUCUUGGAAGUCUUUGGAAAGCCGUCUUUCAACGCAUACCUUUCGCUGAAGCAAUCCUGGAAGUCUACGACGUUCAUCCUACCGCGAAAUAUGUCGGUUUCUACGAUUUCCUGACACCUGUGAUCACUAUUCGCGAUAUCGAGCUGUUAAAAUCCAUCACGGUGAAGCACUUCGAGCACUUCCAAGACCAUCGAGCCCUCCAGACAGACAACGCGGAUCCCCUGUUCAGCAAGAACCUCUUCACCCUUCGUGGUGAACGCUGGAAAGAAGUGAGAACCAUGCUAAGUCCAGCGUUCACCUCCAGCAAGAUGAAGGCAAUGUUCCAUCUGAUGAUCGAAUGCGCCGAUCGUUACGGGAAUUUCCUAGGCACGUUACCCGAGGGCAAGCGUACACUAGAACUCAAGGACGUUUUCACCAGGUACACCAACGACGUGAUCGGUACUUGUGCUUUCGGGGUAGAAGUGGACUCGAUGGCAGACAGGAACAACACGUUCUACGUGUACGGUAGGGAGUCCACGAGCUUCGGUAGGAUUCAGUCGAUAAAAUUCUUCAUCGUACGAAGUGCGCCUUUCAUAGCGAAGCUAUUUGGUAUAAGGCUUGUGUCCAGCAAGAUCGCGAACUUCUUCAAAGAAAUGGUGGCUGACACCAUAAAAUACAGGGACGAGAAUAACGUCGUUCGACCAGACAUGAUUCAGCUGAUGAUGGAAACUAGGGGAAAAGUGGGCCCAGGGAAAGAGCUCACUAUCGAGGACAUGACCGCCCAAGCGUUCAUCUUCUUCUUCGGCGGUUUCGAAAGCACCUCGACCUUGAUGUGCUUCGCUGCUUACGAGAUAGGCGUGAACCCCGAGAUCCAGAAGAAACUGCAGGAAGAGAUCGACGAAGUUUUGGAGAACUGCAAGGGUGAACCGACCUACGACGCGAUCAAUGACAUGAAAUAUCUCGAUGCCAUCAUUUACGAGGCCCUGAGGAUGUAUCCAGUCGUCGUCGCUGCUGACAGAGUCUGCACAAAAGCCUUCGAGCUGCCACCAGCUUUGCCAGGAUUGAAGCCACACGUUGUGCAGGAAGGCGAUUUUAUUUGGAUGCCGAUCUACGGUGUUCAUUACGAUCCCGAACACUUCGAGGAGCCGAAGAAGUUCAAUCCUGAUCGGUUUCUCGACGAUCCGAAGAAGGUCGUCAAUUCUGGCAGCUUCUUGAGCUUUGGAAUUGGUCCGAGGAUGUGUAUCGGUAACAGGUUCGCCCUUCUGGAGACGAAGGUUCUACUGUUCCAAGUAUUCGCUCGUUGUACCUUGAAUCCGUGCUCCAAGACUGUUAUACCAAUGGUGUUGAAUAAGAAAGGAUUCCAGAUGACGUCUCAGAAUGGAUUUUGGUUCGAUGUCGAGCCAAGAAAGAACAGGGUUUCCGUUCUUGUUAAUUCGGGGGGCGGCAGCCGAGUCGGCUUUUACAUCAUAAUGGAUCCAUGGACAGUGACCCUAGCAUCGAUCGUCGUUGUGGUGACUUGGCAUUAUUUAAGAAAGACUUACACUUUUUUUAGCGACCGAGAAAUCCCACAUCUAACAUUCACCAUGUCGGGUACACUCCUUUGGAAAUCCUUCUUCCAACAAAUAACUUUUGCUGAUUUGAUCUCGCUUAUUUACAACGUUCAACCUGACGCGAAGUAUGUCGGUUUCUACGAUUUGACGACACCUGUGAUCGCUAUUCGCGACAUCGAGCUGAUGAAGACCAUCACAGUGAAGCACUUCGAGCACUUCCAAGAUCAUCGUAACUUGCAGACCGACGACACAGAACCCCUGUUCAGCAAGAACCUCUUCGCCCUUCGUGGCGAUCGCUGGAGAGAAGUAAGAACCCUGCUGAGUCCUGCGUUCACGUCUAGCAAGAUGAAGGCAAUGUUCCAACUGAUGAACGAAUGCGCAAAUCGUUACGGAAAUAUCCUGAGUACGUUGCCCGAGGGUGAACGAACUUUAGAGCUCAAGGACGUUUUCACCAGGUACACAAACGACGUGAUCGCCACCUGUGCUUUCGGUGUGAAAGUGGACUCGAUGGCCGACAGGAACAACAAGUUCUAUGUGUACGGCAGGGAGGCUACGAACUUUUCUGGCAUAUCGAAGUCUUUGAGAUUGUUUGCAGUACGACUUACUCCUUUCCUAUCGAAGCUAUUUGGUAUAAAGUUGGUAAACCCCGAGAUCGCGAACUUUUUCAAAGAAAUGGUGGCUGACACCAUAAAAUACAGAGACGAGAAUAACAUCGUUCGACCAGACAUGAUUCAGCUGAUGAUGGAAACUAGGGGAAAAGUGGGCCCAGGGAAAGAGCUCACUAUCGAAGACAUGACCGCCCAAGCGUUUGUCUUCUUCUUCGGCGGUUUCGAGAGCACCUCGACCUUGAUGUGCUUCGCUGCUUACGAGGUAGGCGUGAACCCCGAGAUCCAGAAGAAAUUGCAGGAAGAGAUCGACGAAGUUUUGGAGAACUGCAAGGGUGAACCGACCUACGACGCGAUCAAUGACAUGAAAUAUCUCGAUGCUAUUGUAUACGAGGCAUUGAGGAUGUAUCCAGUCGUUGUGCAAUCGGACAGAGUUUGCACAAAAGCCUUCGAGCUGGCACCAGCUUUGCCAGGAUUGAAGCCAUACGUUAUCCAGGAAAGGGAAUAUAUUUGGAUACCGAUCUACGGGGUACAUUACGAUCCCGAACACUUCGAGGAGCCGAACAAAUUCAAUCCUGAUCGGUUUCUCGACGAUCCAAAGAAGAUCGUCAAUUCUGGGACGUUCUUGAGCUUUGGAUUUGGGCCAAGGAUGUGUAUCGGUAACAGAUUCGCGCUUCUGGAGACAAAGGUCUUGAUGUUUCAUAUUUUUGCUCGUUGCACUUUCAAGCCGUGCUCCAAGACUAUUAUACCGAUGGUGUUGAGCAAGAAAGGAUUUCAAAUGACGUCUAAGGGUGGAUUUUGGUUCGAUGUCGAACCAAAGAAGAACAGGGUUCCCGUUCUUGUUAAGUCUGGGGGCAAGAGUAGCGUCUCCUAGAAUUUACUGUUUAUAUUGUCGCAUUUGUAUGUACUCGCAUUUAAAAAAUUUUAUUGCGGAAUUUUUCUAUUUUUUUUUUAAUGCACGUUUAGAGUUGCAUCAACUACUCGUAGUGCCUUAACUUCAGGUAACAUAAUUAAAUCUUGUUAAGGCAAAUGGUGUGUUUGAGAAUGGUAAUAACUUCUCUGGUAUUAAAAUUGAAUAGAUCGACGAAAACGAGCGUCGCUUUUCUAUUUUGAUCGUCGGUUAUCCCCAAUUCGUGUGACGCAAUUCGGCUCCUUGAAUUUAUAAUUAGCGCGAAACUUUAUUUAUACUAGGAACGGUUCAUGGAAUAGUGAGCCGAUUUUAUCAUUCCUAUUUCCUUGAUGUUUUUCUCUCCCUUUAUUUAUUUUCUUUGCUUCAGCAUUUUUUAACAAGUGGUAAUGUAAGAGAAAUAAUGUGAAAAAUUCUGAAUGUAAUCUAAUUGUGAAUAAAAGUAUAGAUUAUA